UCAAAACCCUACUAAAGCCCUUUUCGUCGUCCUCUCUGCGAGUCUGUGUCUGCGCUCUCAACGCUUGGUACUGGUUUCAUUUCGUUUAUUCAAGUUAUUCGAGCUUCUACACUAUGCACAAGCUUUCCAGGCGCUCUGUCUCUGCUAUCCUUCGAACCGGUGGAGCUCGCUACCACCGUAAUGCUGCCUCUGCUGUGGCUCCGGCCACUCAUGCCGCAGUUCUUUCCCAUUCGGUGGGAGAGAGUGAUGGUAAAGUCAGACAGUACUCAUUUUUAGCGGCUGGACAAAUGGAUGCAGUAAAAUCUUCCUCUCAAUUGAAUUUGAAACACACUUUUUCCUUGACCCAUCGGUACGAGUCAACUUCGACAGCAUCUGCUGCAUCAGCUGCCCCUCCAGUUGAGAAGUACGAGUAUCAAGCAGAGGUGAGUCGUCUGAUGGACCUCAUUGUCAACAGCUUGUACAGCAACAAAGAGGUUUUUCUUCGUGAGCUUAUAAGCAAUGCAAGUGAUGCUUUGGAUAAGCUGCGCUUUAUGAGUGUUACAGACCCUGAGCUUUUGAAGGAUGCAGUUGACUUUGAUAUACGUAUCCAAACUGAUAAAGAUAAUGGGAUUAUAAAGAUAACUGAUACUGGCAUAGGUAUGACUAGGCAAGAACUUGUUGACUGUCUUGGUACUAUAGCACAGAGUGGAACUGCCAAGUUUUUGAAAGCACUGAAGGAUAGCAAGGAUGCUGGCGGAGACAAUAAUUUAAUAGGCCAAUUUGGUGUUGGAUUCUAUUCUGCAUUCCUGGUUGCUGAUAGGGUCGUUGUGUCUACAAGGAGCCCCAAAUCUGAUAAGCAAUACGUGUGGGAAGGUGAGGCAAAUGCUAGCUCCUACACUAUUAGGGAAGAAACAGAUCCUGAGAAACUACUUCCGAGAGGAACCUGCCUUACCUUGUACUUGAAGCGUGAUGACAAAGGUUUUGCUCAUCCAGAGCGUAUUCAGAGGCUUGUGAAAAACUAUUCACAGUUUGUUUCAUUCCCAAUAUACACCUGGCAGGAAAAGGGUUUCACCAAAGAGGUAGAAGUUGACGAGGAUCCGACUGAAGCUACCAAGAAUGAACAAGAUGGAAAAACUGAGAAGAAGAAGAAAACAAAGACUGUUGUGGAGAAGUACUGGGACUGGGAACUCACUAAUGAGACCCAACCAAUAUGGCUACGGAACCCAAAGGAAGUCUCCACGGUGGAAUACAAUGAGUUUUACAAAAAUACUUUCAAUGAAUACUUGGAACCAUUAGCAUCAUCUCAUUUUACAACGGAGGGUGAAGUAGAAUUCAGGUCAAUACUUUAUGUCCCAGCUGUUUCUCCCAUGGGGAAGGACGACCUUGUCAAUCCCAAGACUAAAAACAUAAGGCUUUAUGUGAAGAGGGUGUUUAUUUCUGAUGAUUUUGAUGGAGAAUUGUUUCCUCGAUAUUUAAGCUUCGUCAAAGGGGUGGUGGAUUCAAAUGACCUUCCUCUUAAUGUCUCACGUGAAAUCCUUCAAGAGAGUCGCAUAGUACGGAUCAUGAGGAAGCGAUUGGUUCGGAAAGCCUUUGACAUGAUUCUGGGGAUCUCCAUGAGUGAGAACAGAGAAGAUUAUGAGAAGUUUUGGGAUAAUUUUGGAAAACAUUUGAAAUUGGGUUGCAUUGAGGACCGUGAAAAUCAUAAACGUAUUGCCCCAUUGCUUCGAUUUUUCUCUUCUCAAAGUGAAGCUGAGAUGAUUAGUCUAGAUGAAUAUGUUGAAAACAUGAAACCAGACCAGAAAGAUAUCUAUUAUAUUGCUUCUGACAGUGUGACUAGUGCUAAGAAUACUCCCUUCCUCGAGAAAAUUCUUGAAAAGGAUCUUGAGGUUUUAUUUUUAGUUGAUCCAAUUGAUGAAGUUGCCAUCCAGAACUUGAAAUCAUACAAAGAGAAAAACUUUGUUGACAUUAGCAAGGAAGAUUUGGAUUUAGGUGAUAAGAAUGAAGAGAAAGAGAAGGAAAUGAAACAGGAGUUUGGCCAAACUUGUGAUUGGAUUAAGAAACGCUUGGGAGAUAAAGUUGCCAAUGUUCAGAUAUCAAGUCGCCUAAGUUCUUCACCCUGUGUUCUUGUCUCUGGGAAGUUUGGUUGGUCUGCCAACAUGGAGAGGUUGAUGAAAGCACAAAGCGUUGGUGAUACCUCGAGUUUGGACUUCAUGAAAAGUAGAAGGGUGUUUGAAGUCAACCCAGAGCACCCAAUUAUUAAAAACCUGGAUGCUGCAUACAAGAGUAACCCCAACGAUGAAGAUGCUUUGAGAGCCAUUGACCUUCUGUAUGAUGCCGCUUUAGUUUCUAGUGGCUUUACGCCUGAUAACCCGGCCCAGCUUGGUGGUAAGAUAUAUGAGAUGAUGGGUAUGGCACUUUCUGGCAAGUGGUCCGGGCCGAGCGGGUUCCAUAACCAGGGGGCUCAAUCGCAGCCAUUAGAAGCAGAAGUAGUUGAACCAGUCGAAGCUGGCAGCCAAAAGUGAGUACUCGAUAUCGGAGGAUUCCGUAUUAGGAGUUCGAGAAAUUUUGUCCAUAAAGUUCGUUGGAUGACGGAGAGAAUAGUGUUCUGGGAUUGAUUGAUGAUUUACUACAAUUCCGUUCCAGACUGAAAUCAGUUGGUCUCGUUUGUUUAAUCGAUUUCUCUUCUACCGAAAUGCUUUAAAGUAUUGUCAUCUAUUCAAAUAUUGUUUAGAACCUUACAGGGAUUAGGCACAGGACUAUACCAAUAAUUUGAACUUGCAUUGUUAAGAGCUUUGACCAGGAAACUAGACAAGUAUUGUAAGCUUGUUGGAUCAUGAAAGUCACUGUGCUGCCGUCACAGUUUUUAGGAUUAGUUCUUGAAAUUGUAGCUGAUUGCUGCA